UCCAUCCGUAUUCCGUCAGACGCCGUUGACUCACAUUGACCGAAUUGUGGGGACGCCAGACGAACGGACAUACGCAUUUGUUUUUAGUAAAAGUGUUUACAACGAUUUUGACUGUUAAUUGAGUUGAAUAUAAAAUGCCUAAAGUCGUAUCCCGAAGUAUAAUAUGUUCCGACACGAAGGAUCAAGAGGAAUACAGCGAAGAAAAACCACUUCAUAUUUACUACUGCCUUUGUGGACAGAUGACUUUGAUUUUAGAUUGCCCGAUUGAAAAACUGCCUUUGAGGAAACGAGACGGUUCCCGAGUGAUAGACGGCAGUAAACAUGCCCACAAAAUAACCAGCGAACUGGACGAGAUUGUGUACCUCAAACGAACCGACACAUAUGAAAAGCAACACAGACACAAAUGCAAAAAAUGCGGUCUCUUGCUUUACUACAAACACGAGGCACAAUCGAACACUGUUUUUAUAGUGAAAGGGGCGGUAAUAAAAAGCUCUGGGGAAGGUCCUAUGACAGACAUAUAUAAUCAAGUAGCCAUUGAAAAGCCCAAGAAAAUCAUGGUCACAAAACACACAAAGAAUAUGGGCAAGUUUAGCUCAGUUACAGUUUCAACCAUUGACGAGGAAGAGGAUGAAAUUGAAGCUAGAGAAGUUGCUGAUUCGUACGCUAAUAACGCGCGUAUAAUAGAAAAACAGCUUGAAAGAAAGGGCGUGAAUAAACGAAAAGCUAUGCCGCUACCUGAAGUGGAACCCAAAAGAACAAGGCCAAGAGGUACACUGCUAGAUAUUUAAUUUAAUUCAGUUUAAUGAAGUUCCUAUGUAUUUUGUAAAAUAUGGGUUCUGUGGAGCUAUAUACGUGGCGCGUUAUGCUUGAGUGAUGCAACAAGGAUUAAACGUUAUAUUGAAAUAUUUAUUAACAUUACAUAAAAGUAAAUAUUUUUAAAAUAUAUAUAAAUGACUAGAUACAAAUAUUGCAUAGUAAAAAUGUACAUUGCAAAAUAUAGAGAUAAGAUAUUGAAUAAAUAAAUACAAUUAACAAUUAAAAUUAAUUUAUAUUUGUUGUUAUAAAAAAAAACAAGAAAAUUGAAACAAGAAAAAACAGUACAUCCAGCUUCAAGACUAAACUAUCUAGUAUCAGAAUUAAUUUUCUGAUCUCGUUAUAGAAUGGCAAUCGUUCAGAGAACAGCAGAAUCAUAUUCUUUCAUACAAUAAAUAAUAAUAGUCGUAAUAUUGCAAUGUUUUACAAGAUAAUUUGCAGAUUACAACUUGCUUACAUAUUCAUUACUAAAACACUAACAGGAAAAUCUAACUGAUUGUAAAGCAAAUUGCAUAUAACUGGCCAUUUUAUGUACUCGCUUACAAAGCCACAGGACAUGCAAAGUAUGUAAUAUUUUUAUAACGCGAACAGUGGCACGUCUGCUUGCCUGUGUAAAGAUUUUUCAAAUAUCUCCACACACGAUUGCAUCAGUGAUGAACGAAUAUACCAAAUAUUAAUAAUCUCAAUAUCCAUAAAUAGAUGAACACAUACGCACGUAGAGGUAAUUAACUUAAUGUCCGAUUUACUGAUAUG